GACGGCAGAAGUUCAGGACUGGCCAAGAGGAGCAGAAGUUUGCACUGCAGAAGUUGCUCUGAAUCAGAGCUCUACUUCCACCAUGUUGCCCUGUGGACCAGCUUUGUCCUUUGUUCGGUGCCUGGUGCGGAAGAAGAACGUCAGUGGUGAAAGUCUGGAGGACUCCAAGUUGUGCCGAUGCUUAUCGACAGUGGACCUUAUAGCCCUGGGAGUAGGGAGUACCCUUGGUGCUGGUGUUUAUGUCCUUGCUGGAGAAGUAGCCAAAUCUGAUUCUGGACCUAGCAUCGUUGUUUCUUUCCUCAUUGCUGCUCUGGCAUCUGUGAUGGCAGGUCUCUGCUACGCUGAGUUUGGCGCUCGUGUUCCCAAGACUGGUUCUGCGUACUUGUAUACUUACGUAACUGUCGGUGAACUGUGGGCUUUUAUCACUGGUUGGAAUCUCAUUUUAUCCUAUAUUAUAGGUACAUCAAGUGUAGCAAGAGCCUGGAGUGGCACUUUUGAUGAACUUCUUGGAAAACAGAUUGGUCAUUUCUUCAGAACCUACUUCAAAAUUAAUUACUCUGGACUAGCAGAGUAUCCUGACUUCUUUGCUGUAUUCCUUAUAUUACUUUUAUCAGGUCUUUUAUCUUUUGGAGUAAAAGAAUCUGCGUGGGUGAAUAAAAUUUUCACGGCUAUUAACAUCUUGGUCCUACUCUUCGUUAUGAUUUCUGGUUUUGUGAAAGGAGAUGCUGACAACUGGAAAAUAAGUGAAGACUAUCUCAUAAACCUUACCGCAGUAACAGAGAAUUGCUCAUCCUAUGAGAAUGUGACAAGUAUAUAUGGGAGUGGUGGCUUUAUGCCAUAUGGUUUCACAGGAACAUUGGCUGGGGGUGCCACCUGUUUUUAUGCUUUUGUAGGAUUUGACUGCAUUGCAACAACUGGAGAAGAGGUCAAGAAUCCUCAGAAAGCCAUACCCAUAGGAAUUGUGGUGUCCCUGCUUGUCUGCUUCAUGGCCUAUUUUGGGGUUUCAGCUGCACUGACACUUAUGAUGCCAUACUAUCUACUAGAUGAGAAAAGUCCUCUGCCAGUAGCUUUUGAAUAUGUUGGAUGGGGUCCUGCAAAAUAUGUUGUAGCAGUGGGAUCCCUCUGUGCUCUGUCCACAAGUCUUCUUGGAUCCAUUUUCCCAAUGCCACGUGUAAUCUAUGCUAUGGCGAAGGAUGGGUUGCUUUUCAAAUGUCUAGCUCAAAUCAGUUCCAAAACGAAGACCCCACUAGUUGCUACUCUAUCGUCUGGUGCAGUAGCAGCUAUAAUGGCAUUUCUGUUUGACCUAAAGGCUUUAGUGGACAUGAUGUCUAUUGGUACACUUCUUGCUUAUUCACUUGUAGCAACCUGUGUCCUCAUUCUUAGGUACCAACCCAGUUUAACCUAUGAGCAAGCAAAGUAUUCUCCAGAAAAAGCAGCUUUGGCUGCAUCUGAAAGGGAAUCUGCAGUAAGUGAAUCACAGAUAAAUAUGAUACAAGAGAAUCACUUCAGUCUUCAGGCCCUGAUUAAUCCAUCCAGUUUACCCACUCAGCAGACUGCAACUACUGUUAACUUUUUAGUGGGUCUCUUAGCUUGCUUGGUUUGUGGCUUGAGUGUCCUCACUACAUAUGGGAUUCAUUUCAUUGCUAACUGGGAGCCCUGGAGUAUUGGCCUUCUUGCUGUGUUGGUGGCGUCCUUCAUAGUUACCAUUCUCCUCAUCCAAAGGCAGCCUCAGAACCAGCAGAAAGUGGCCUUUAUGGUUCCACUAUUGCCAUUUUUGCCAUCAUUCAGUAUCUUGGUAAAUAUUUACUUGAUGGUACAAUUAAGCAGAGACACUUGGAUCAGAUUUAGCUUCUGGAUGGCACUCGGCUUCCUCAUUUACUUUGCUUACGGCAUCAGACACAGUCUUGAAGGUCAUCGUAGCGAUGGAGAUGACGAUUCUUGUUCAGAAAAUAGCAGGUUGCAAGAAAAGAACCCUGUGGAAGAAGUGGAUGAACCUGAAAAUGCAAAUGAAAGUGAUCAAUUUCUUGCACAUGAGAGGACAAGUGAAUGUUAAUCUAUGCAAACACACAAGUCUUUUAAACCUUUAAUUGACAUUUUACUUGCAGACUGAAAUUUCAAAAGCUUUCUGCCAACAUUGUGCCUCUUCAAAGUGUUUACUACAAGGCCUGGCUGAUAUUUUGGACAAGCUGCUAAUCCAUCUUCACCAUUUCAGAACUGACAGCAUGGAGAUUAAUAUUUAAUUUAAAAAACAAACAAGAGAAGUCCCCUUUGGCAGGCAGAAAUUUGGUUGCAUUGUUUGUUGGACUGCAUUUUUGUUGUCACAAAAUAUGAAGAAUUUUAGAACUGCCUACAAGAAGUUCUGAAUAUUUGACACUGCAUUGUGAACACAAGUGCCUUUCAUACCUUCUCCUUAUCUCUGUUAAUGUGUUUCGGUCACA